UUUAUUGCAGAUCGUUGUCAUCCAACCUCGAGGACCACACCACCUGCACUACCGGUACUCUGAAAUCCAAUGGAUAGCUGGAAUGCGGGGGAGACUAGCGUAAGGUACCCCCAAAUCUUGAAGCCGGUGGCUGGUGACAGGUGAGCGGGCUUGCAAGCUUCUGGCCAAUUAGCUAGCCUCGUGUGUCUCAAACCAGCCAUCCGACUUGAAUACUUGACGCUGGACAUACAAUCCACAACCCAACCUCUCGAUAUCGUUAAUUCACCAUGCCUUCAAUAAAAGCUCGUCCCCACAGUAGGUGCUCAUUCCUCUUUCUCAUCCACUCAUUUGGACGAUCAAUACCGCCAAAUCAAACUCGACAGGUUCAUCUCCAAGGUCAUCCAUCUGUUUGCCUGCCUGUAUGAUCAAGAUGCGGUCCAACUUGCCCAUCCCUCUAUUUUUUGCGAUAUCUUCUCUGUACUCCCCUACGUCGGCUCUGCCCUUUCGUACAUGGAGGAAACCAUCUGCUGCUGAGCCCGUGGCAGCGAGGGCGACCUACUCGGUUGUGCCCAUUGAUGGCGGUAGCAGUGGCGCUGAUUCCAGCAAUUCGAGGACGACUGUCGUGGAAACCGUGGUGAUAUCUCCAACACCGACGACGAAGACGGUUGUCGAAACUUCGCCGCCUGUUACGGACACAGUAACAGCCACGAAGACUGCGCAUGCAGUUUCGACCGUGUCCAUUGUGGAUAUCAGUCUUACCUUGAUCACCAUGACGGUCACCCAUUCUACGUCCCAAACAACCUCUGUGACAACCAGCAAGAUGUCGACCACGACAACCACAGAGCGUGAGACAACUACAGAGCACGUGAUCACCACAGCAAGCCCGGUAACUACGCCCCCCACAACACAGGAGCCGACCACUACGUCCAGUCCAACGACAUCUUCGCUAUCGACCACGGAGCAACCCGCGACCACAGCUAAUACAACAAAAUCCACUCCCUCAACCACUGAAUUUAUUACACCUACGCCUUCAACCUCCUCCAUCCUCACCACCACAUCCAUACCCACAUUGAGCGUGACGACUUCAGCCCCUGUACUGUCCAGCACAAGCUCCACUUCUUCGUAUGAUGAUGGGAAAUGGCACACCACAUAUUCCGCCUGGAAUGGAACGGCGCCGCAGCAAUAGCCACCAGCAGCCGGCCUGAGGAUGGCUUCGCCGGCAUGUUCAAAUAAUGGACGGAUAGCAUUGCGCUGCUGGUUUGGCGCGAUGAUCAAGCUUGGGAAUAGUUUCCCACCACUAAUGUAAUGAGUGAAGACUGAACAGAUAGAUGUACGCAAUCAUGGUCGAAGACAACACGACCUGAGCGCCGGAACGCGUCCAUACACUGUAUCAAGCUAAAUAUAUACUAGAAAAAAGAACAACUAAUGCUAAGCCAUACCAAUGGGACCAA